UGCAGAGAAGUUUCACUUUCAGUUAUGGAUGGUGCAGCAUCAAAAGAAAUACAGCUCAGAGGAAUACCACCACAGGCUGCAGGUGUUUGCCAGCAACUUGAGGGAGAUCAACGCCCACAACGCCAGGAACCACACAUUUAAAAUGGGACUGAAUCAAUUUUCAGACAUGAGCUUUGCUGAAUUAAAACGCAAGUAUCUUUGGUCAGAGCCUCAGAAUUGCUCAGCCACCAAAAGUAACUACCUUCGAGGUACUGGUCCCUACCCAACCUCCAUGGACUGGCGAAAAAAGGGAAAUUUUGUCACACCAGUGAAAAAUCAGGGCGGCUGCGGCAGUUGCUGGACCUUUUCCACCACCGGGGCCCUGGAGUCUGCUGUCGCCAUAGCAACGGGGAAGUUGCCCUUCCUGGCUGAGCAGCAGCUGGUGGACUGUGCCCAGAACUUCAACAACCACGGCUGCAAAGGGGGUCUCCCCAGCCAGGCCUUCGAGUACAUCCGGUACAACAAGGGCAUCAUGGGUGAAGACACCUACCCCUACAGGGGCCAGGACGGUGACUGCAAGUACCAGCCCAGUAAGGCCAUUGCUUUUGUCAAGGAUGUAGCCAACAUCACACUGAACGACGAGGAGGCGAUGGUAGAGGCGGUGGCCCUAUACAACCCCGUGAGCUUCGCCUUCGAGGUGACUGCUGACUUUAUGAUGUACAGAAAGGGCAUCUACUCCAGUACUUCCUGUCAUAAGACUCCAGAUAAAGUAAACCACGCAGUGUUGGCUGUUGGGUACGGAGAAGAGAAAGGGAUACCCUACUGGAUCGUGAAGAACUCUUGGGGCCCCCAGUGGGGAAUGAAGGGGUACUUCCUCAUUGAGCGCGGGAAGAACAUGUGCGGCCUUGCGGCCUGUGCCUCCUUCCCCAUCCCCCUGGUGUGAGCCCCGGCGGCAAUGACGGGUCAGUGGAGGAAGCGAGGACCAGGCAGUCGGGGGCCCAAGAUCCUGCCCUGGAGGACAUGUCGGGAGACCACCCCCAACCCGUGGCCCUGCACUCUGCACCUCACCCCCACGCUAGACCUAGAAACCGAGAGAAAACUGGGAGGUGAAUCCUACGGCGCAACAAGCCUGCCCACGUCUUCUGCCACAGAGGUCACCACCAGCCGUGUGCCUUACGUGUGGUUUCUCACUGAUCAACCCCUUGUGGACAAGGAGUAUUCUUUCUUCCCAGAAGGGCUGUGUUUCACAUUGGGGAGAAGCUCCACUGUCUCUUCUGUGGUCUUUAAUAAAUCUACAGUGGGCACCUCCUGA